ACGCUGUGUGGGACGGGAAGUGAAGACUAAAAGAACAACGUUACAAGUUGGCCUGGUUGGUUGCCUGUUUGCCUGGUUGGUUUGGUUGUUUUUGGAACUCGAUUGGACUCAUUUCUAUUUUGUCGUUGAAGAGCUGAUUGCUUCUUAGUUCCUCUUCGUGUGUGCGUUUGUUUGUUUUUUGCAGAGAGACACUUCUCAACAUUAUUCCCCAAGAAAGAAGAGAGCAUGAGCAAUAAUACCGCCAAUAAGAGGCCUUUGGGUGAUAUUAAAGCGGAUGGUGAGCCAGUGCUGAAGAAAGCAACGUCGUCUAAGGACGUUGCGAAUUCGUCUUUGACCUCCACUCCCGUGUCAGAGCCUGGAACCUCUCACAAUGUUGGGCCUGCGAGACCCCAAAUAACAAAGAUCGAUGGGAAAUGGGUAUUCCCCGAGAUUACCAAAGAACAGACUGAAGAGGCAAAGAGGUUCUUAAAAGACAAAGGAGUUAUAAACUUCUUGGAUAAGUACCUGCCUGACUCUCCGAGGGGCUCUGAUAUCGUCUAUAUCACUGGUUUAUUGGGGUUCUUCCCUUUCAGCAUGACGGAGGACAUUGACGACGAGACAAACUUGAUGAAAGUUGUAAAGACAUUACAGAGGGCUAUGAACAAAGUCAUACAUAACCGUUUGAGAAUCACAGAUAUGAAUACCGUCGCACAGGCCGUGGACGCUAUCAAAUCUGCUAAGAACAUCAUCGUGCUGACAGGCGCAGGUAUAUCGACAUCCUUGGGGAUUCCAGAUUUCAGAUCUGCAAAGGGUAUCUAUUCGCUGGUUGAUGACCUAGGAUUGGAUGACCCUCAGCAGGUGUUUGACCUCGAAACAUUCCGUUAUGACCCUGAGAUCUUCUACAAAGUGGCCCACAUGAUCUUACCUCCAGAGGGGAAAUGGACCCCAACCCACGCUUUCAUCAAAGAGCUCAGUAACCAUAACAAAUUGUUGAGAAAUUAUACUCAGAAUAUCGAUAACUUGGAAGCCUCUGUUGGAAUACCGAAGGAUAAAUACAUCCAGUGCCAUGGUUCCUUUGCACACGCAACUUGUCGUACUUGUGGAUACAAGGUCGAUGGGACAAAGAUCUUUCCAGUUAUUAGAGCUCAACAGUUGCCUGUGUGUGCACGCUGCUUCACAGAACGUAAGCAACGACUGCAGAAAUCCGACUCCGUGGGAGAUUUGGGCAUUAUGAAGCCGGACAUCACUUUCUUUGGUGAAGAUUUACCGCGUGUUUUCUACGAGAACUUACCAGAUGAUAUCAGGAAGUGUGAUUUGCUCAUCUGCAUCGGAACCUCGUUGAAAGUUGCUCCUGUUAACGAAAUCGUGAACAAAAUUCGACCAGAGGUACCCCAAAUCCUCAUCAACAAAGAUGACAUUUCCCAUGCUGAGUUCGACAUCUCACUAUUAGGUUACUGCGAUGAAGUUACUGUUUAUUUGACCAAUAAACUCGGUUGGAGUUUGGAGGUUGAAAACUAUAAAGAAUUGGCUUCACAACGCUUUGAAGUUGAAGAAGAAGACAAAACAUUGGGUGUCUAUCAGGUCCAUACACUUAAAGAUUAGAAUCAAGACUCAAUAAACUAUACAUUUCAAAAGGGUUUGUAAUGUAUUUAUGUGUGCGUAC